AAAAUGGCCUUCAAAAACAUACUGGAAGAUGCUAAAGUUGCUGCAGCCCUGGUGGAGUGCAAAGACGCUGGCACGUUCUGCCACAAGAAGUUCUUCGCCACCUGUGGUCUGGCUGGCAAGAGCGCUGCAGACAUAAAGAAGGCUUUCUACGUCAUUGACCAGGACAAGAGCGCUUUCAUUGAGGAGGAUGAGCUGAAACUGUUCCUGCAGAACUUCAAGGAAAGUGCACGUGCUCUCACCGAUGCAGAGACCAAGGCUUUCCUGAAGGCCGGCGACACCGACAAUGACGGCAAGAUCGGAGAUGAUGACUCGCCUGAGGCCACAGACUCGCCUGAGGCCACAGACUCGCCUGACUUCAUUAAAUGA